UCAUAAAUCUCAUGAGUGUCCCAUGGCUGAGAAGAAAUGCAUAAGCUGUGUGAGUGACAUGUUCCUCCAGUAUAUCUCUUUGGUGCCGGUAUCUGAUCUAAUCUGCGGAAUCAGAGUGUUCUUAUCAGCACCGCCUGACGGUGUCGUGCGUGGCAUAAUAGCAGUGGCCCAGACACUCGCGGCGUGAUAUUUAGCACGACACCGCCUCAUAGCCACCAGUGACCGACUCCAGCAUAGCCGAGCCACGAUUUCCUGAAGACCUAACAGACACCACCGCGGCGAGGGGCGUUGCGUCACCACCACCGCGGCCAGCAGGAGGUUGUCAGGCCACCACCACCACCACCACCACCGCGGCCAGCAGGAGGUUGUCAGGCCACCACCACCACCACCAGCAGCAGCGGCAUGGCGUCUGCAGGGAAGGGGCCGACCAUGAUUCGCUCAGCGGCGUCCAGGGGGUGUCGGGCGUGGGCCACAACAUUCACUAAGGCCAACAUCACCACCACCACCAGCACUGGGACGUCCACCAUCGGCACCAACGUGACACGGGGUAGACGACUCCCCCACACGGCCACGUCCAGUAAGCCGGCAGGAGAAGAGGGUCUCAAGUGGAGGUUCCCCGCAGACGAUAGGACACAGGCCAGAGUGGCGGCUGUGGAGAGCGGGUGUUGUCAGAGCACCAUCCUCACCUUUAAUUCCGUGGCGCCCAUCACCCCUGACCUGAUGGAGGAGGCGCUCGUCCACCUCUAUGGCAAGAUCGAGUCACUCAGACUUUGCUUCAGGCAAAGAGAGGGGCAACUGUGGGUCGCCAACAUGCCUCGACAAAAAAUAGAUUUACAGGUGGUGACCUCUACGGACUUGGAGCACGAACACUCUGAAUUGCAUAAAGUAAAAUUUGAUCUCUGUAAUGGGCCAUUGUGGAAUGCUCGGCUCAUGCCAUGUCCUCCAGAUGCUCCCUGUCCUCUCCCUGAAGUGAAGGCAGCAUAUCCUCAUCAGUGUCACCUCCUAAUGUCCGUCCACCAUGCUGCUAAUGACGGAAUAGUCGUACUACUGAUGUCGGAGCAGUUGUCCCACAUCAUCGACAGCCUCCUCGGAGGAUUACCCGUGGACACUAGGCCAGUCGGGGAGCUCCGUGACGGCGUGGAGGCCAGAGAGAGGGAAAACAAGAUUAGGGAAGAACUAGAAAGGGAUCCUGAGAGGCUUAUGGCGGCCAUCAGAAAACAUUUACCGAGCAAACAUCUUCCCCUGCUCAUGGAAGCUUAUGGUGUCCUGAACGCAGCCAACCCACCGACGCCGGAUUUGAGGACUUUGCUCCUCGACAAGCAGAUGGUGGAGAAGAUCACUGCCAAGGCCCGAGCCACUGGCGCCACCCUCAACGCCUGCUUCAUUGCUGCCUUGAACGUGUCCAUGAUGGAGGUGGCGCGCGAGGGGGGGUUGGAAAGAGACAUCUACAUCACCAGCGAGGCGUUGGCAAGAAUGUUCAAAUAA